AUGUUUGUGAAAGAGUGUGUGGAAGAACAAGAACAAUGCGUUCUUCUCAAAUACACCACCAAUAACACGGCCGAAAACCAUCACUCUCAUCGGUCAGAUGAGGCGCCUGUUGUUGCUGGUGAUAUUGAUGGAGGCAGAAAAAACGGAGAGAAAAAGUGUUUCUGGAAGUGGCCCGAUCUCCGUUUUCCUCGCCAAAAAGCCGCUAAAUACGACCUGGCUGAGGCUGAGAAGAAGUACCAGUCUGAGGGCGGAGCAUAUCAGACAUUUACCAACGUUCCAGCUUCUAAAGUCCGUCGUGAUGCUGAGGAACAGCUGGAGCAGGACGUCCCAGACAAGGGACACAUCCGCAGCCGUUACAAAAUCGGCGACAAGCUGGGUCAAGGAGGAUUCGGCUUUGUCUACAAAGGGACUCGCCGCAAAGACGGACUUAAGGUGGCUGUGAAAUUUUCUGUGAAGUCAGCAAACAUGCCCUAUAUCAGAGUGCCUGGUUAUCCUAAGAGCAUCCCCAAGGAAAUCGGCCUGACUCUCAUGGCCAAUACGGGCCCCAGAGUCCCCCAGAUCAUAAAGCUUCUAGACUGGGAGGACAACAAAGACCACUACAUAAUGGUCAUGGAGCGGCCCGUACCUUGCAUGGACUUGAAAAGCUUUGUAAAGCUCCAUGGAGAACGCUUUGACGAGGGGAUGGCACGAAAGGUCAUGCGGCAGGUCAUCAAAGCGGCUGACGUUUGCAUCAAGCGUGGUGUCUUCCAUCGGGACAUUAAAAUGGAGAACCUGCUGGUGAACCAGCACACCGUGCAGGUCAAAUUGAUUGACUUUGGGUGCGGUGUGCAAAUGAAGAAAUUUGCAUAUGAAGACUUCAGUGGCACAAAAGUGUACUGUCCACCAGAGUAUACGAUAAACGGCAGAUACCACGCAAAGCCGACGACGGUCUGGUCACUGGGGAUCUUACUGUUCAUGAUGGCGUGUGGAUAUUAUCCCACAGACUACGACCUGGAUCUGAUCAGUAAGAAGACCUGGACCAGACCUGGCCUCUCACGAGAAUGCUGCCAGAUGAUUUCUGGGUGCCUGCAGUCAGAUCCACAGCAGAGAAUCAAUCUGGAGGAGAUGCAUCUCCAUGACUGGUUCAAGGUCAUGGAGUAA